AGUAGGUCCAUGCAUGCUAUGAACGUUCCAGGACUUGGUUAUCUCUACAGGUCUCAUGAUUGAUUAAAAGACGGAACCGGCUUGCGUGUAUUUGGAAAAUAUCGCUAUUUCGCAUAGUUUUACUUUCUGUUUCACCGCACUACUGUACAUGUCAUGACUUGGGAAUUUUCAUGAAAGACUGUUAUACCAUUACAAGGAUUAUCAACUCGGGCCAAAAAUCAAUGGUCGAGCGUUAAUUUGGAGCAAAUGGUGAGCGAGUACGGCAUUCAAUAAUUGGAAAUUAAUGGAAAGGAUUUUUAUUCUAGCCCACUUCUCCGCGAGUGCUAAAUCGAUCUCGAUUUAUUUACAAAACUGAUAAAGCCAUAUACCCGUGUUGACGCAAGGUAUUAUUGGUCAGUGAUGAGGAUAUUACUUAUGUAUGACGUCAUCAGUAGGCAUCAGCCAAUGGAGGUAUAUUGCAAAUGAUUUUUGCUGUGGAUAUUAUUCAGUUGAGUUAUUAUCUGCUUCUAGAUCUAGUAUCACAUCCUCGUUCAACAUCAGUACGAAAGCUAACUGUUCCAGAUCAGCAAGAAUAAAGUAAGCUUGCUUUGCCGAUGACGAGACGCCUCGUACACUCCACAGUGACCAGUGUAUUGUGUUUGUAUUAUAUAGUCACUUGAGUGAUAAUUACUCUCGGCAGCAGAUAUCAAAGAACAGUUUGAAGGAAUCAUAAAUUUGGCUGCAUAUUCUGACAGGGAGUGAUCGAAACCGGCCAGUUUGAUGUCAGAUUUCGAUUGAUUUAAAGUUUUAAAAUUGCUCAUGACCGCGAUUGUAUCUUGAUUAUAACUGCAGAGUCGGAAAAAACAUCCUAGGAAAACAUCGAACUAUUUAAUUCACAGGAUCAUUAUGCGAUGCAGUGCGGAUUAACAGACACUGAUAGAGCAAUGAGGUUAUCCGUAUGGACGGCUCCAUUUUAUGAAGUUCGAACUGCGUAGCUACUUCGUUCGGCAGAUUCGAUUUAAUCUACGACCAUGACGUCGACAUCGAAUCUAGAGAAUGAGACAACGAUGGCGACGAUGACGGUUAUGCCUGGAGAUCACGGCGUGGUUCUCAGUUGCUCCUGGGCGGAAAGCGGACCAAACAGGACCAAAGCACAAGAUGUCCUCAGCCACGGGCUCAACGUCCACAUCUACCUGUUCGCUUCGUGCUACGCGCUCAUGCUCAUCUACGCGAUAUAUGCUAUCAUACGCCCCUUCAGGCAACGUCAAACUAGCAAACGUCUUGGCGUGGCUUUACAUACUAUGAUUGCAAUGACGUCAUUAACGAGAUCGUUGUCGUUGUUUACGGACCCGUAUGGUUUACGCGGAAUCAUACCCUGUCCUUUCAACGUGAUCAUCUGGUCGUUCGGGUGGCCGGGGGUUGUAUCUUCGAACAGUAUUUUCUUCCUCGCCGUGCUCGAAACGACGAAUCUCACCAGCGUUUCGCGGCGAUUCCAGCGCUUUUCAGUUCUCCUCACCAUCAUCGCACUCAGCCUCGGGUACGUUCUCUUCACCGAUCUCCUCGUAUCGUUCCUACCGAACUCCAUCCUCGCCGUGGUCGUCUGCGAGAUCAUGUUCAUUGUCUGGGGUAUUUCCCUCACCGUCGGCUUCGUAUACGUCUGGUGGAAAAUCCGGAAGAACCUCGCGGCGUCCUGUCCAAGGAACGCCCGCGAACGACGUCGGUCGUCUCUCAACGGAUCGCUGGUCGCCGCCCUUAAAAGUGAAGCGCGUCGACUGAACCGUCUCGUCAAUAUUCUAAUCAUCAGCGCGUUGGUUUGCCUUACUCUUACACUAUCUCAUCUCGAGCCCGUCUUCUACGUAUUGCAUUGUAGCAUCUUAGACUUUAUCGAAAACCCAUGGCAAUGGAUUUUUUAUCAAACAGGACAAAGAGUCUUCGAGAUCAGUAUGUGCGUUCUCAUAAUGGUGGCCAUGUUAAACUCAUCUCAUAAUCAUAAAAAGAAAACUUCUGACAAAGAAAAGAUUGUUAACAAAAUAGCCCUUGAAAGCGGAAUGGAGAAUAAGGGAACUAAUUCUCGGUUGGAGCUUCCAAGAACAGACAUGCAACUGAGCUUUGACGAAAAGGAGUAUGACUAUUCACACAAUGAUGGAAGAGAAGGAAUAUUGUAGUAUUAUUAAAGAACUUUUCAUUUCUUUAUUUAUUUAUCAAUCAUUUUAAUACCUUUGAAAUGUAAACGAUACCUUGUUUUUGAA